AUGAAGGCUACUCUCAGAAUUGACGCUGUGAUGGGAGAUGCAGAAGCUGCUCAGCUGAAUGGUUUGGUGAAAAUUGCUGGUUUCGGUAACUCCAAGUACUUGAUGUGCUUUUUUCACGUAUUAUACAAUGUGAGAAAGCGCAUCCGGCACCUACCCGAUUUGACCCGUGCAGUUGUUUAUCGUGGAAUUUUGGAUAUGCACUAUUCACUUAGUGAGGAAGAGCUGAAAUCGGUAUGGAGUCGGGUGAUGAAUGAAUGGAGACGUGAUUCUCGAUUGCGAGAUUUUGCUGAUUAUUUCUAUAGUCAAUGGUUGUAA